AGUACAAGGUCCAUUAGUACAGAGUACUUAUUAAAAAAAUCUUCUUCCUCAUUCGGUAACUGUCUUACUCUGUGCUUUGUAGGCAAACAAAAUAAAUACAAGUGAUUUAUCAUAAUUAUUUAUUUUACUGUGUUUAUAAUUGUUGAGAUUGUGUACUACUCUUUCAUUACUUACUAAAAACAGUUGCUUUCCAAAUUAUUUUCAUUAUGACAAGUGCUGACCGAAUCGAUUUCGAAAUGGAGGUGGAGGUUGAGAGUGCUUCCUCAGGACCUGCAGUGGAGACUGCUAAUCCUACAUCGCCGGCACCCCCGACUCCGGGAGGUAAUAAAAGUGUAGUGGUUACCACGGCCACUUCAGGUUCAGUAACAGUAUCCCUUCACCCGCUGGUGAUCAUGAACGUUUCUGAACAUUGGACUCGUUUACGAGCACAGGAAGGCUCUCCACAAACAGUAAUUGGGGCACUUAUUGGUAAACAAAAAGGUCGCAAUAUAGAAGUUAUGAACUCUUUUGAAUUGGUGUUCAGUGUUAUUGAAGGAGACAUCAUCAUAGAUAGAGAUUAUUAUAAUUUGAAAGAAGAGCAAUUCAAGCAAGUAUUCUCAGAUAUGGACUUCCUAGGGUGGUAUACUACAGGUGAAACACCAACAGAACGUGACAUUGCUGUUCAUAGACAGAUAUGUGAUAUAAAUGAAUGUCCAGUUAUGCUUAUGCUAAAUCCUGCAGGAAGAAAUGGAGAUCAAUUACCAGUAGUGCUGUAUGAAUCUGUAAUAGAUGUAGUAAAUGGACGCGCUACAAUGCUGCUGGCACCAUUAACAUACACACUCGCUGCUGAAGAAGCGGAGAGAAUUGGUGUAGAUCAUGUAGCCAGAGUUUCUUCUGGAGAAGCUGCACUGAAUAGUUUAGUGGCGGAGCAUUUGACGGCGCAAAGGUCGGCCAUCAAGAUGUUGGUGUCCCGCGUGCGCGCCGUGCUGGCGACAGUGCGGGCCGUGCGGGCGGGCACGCUGCCGCCGCGGCCGGCGCUGCUGCGCGAGGCGCGCGCCCUCGCACAUCGUCUCCCUUUACUCACCUCACACCAAUUCCGAACACAUUUCUAUAAUCAAUGCAAUGACGUGGCGCUCAUGACUUACCUGGGUACCAUCACGAAAGGCUGCAACGCUAUCAAUCAACUAGUCAAUAGAUUCAAUGUCCUCUAUGACAGACAGGGCAUGGGCCGUCGAAUGCGAGGACUUUUCUUUUAGUGUGUUGAUUAAUGUUAUACUACAAUAUGUUCAGGAACUGUGUAGAAUAAUUGGAAAAUUG